GAGAAACAACGUUAGGCUCCGUUCUCUUUCCCUGCGCCGCCGUAAACCGAUGCUCCACUCCGGCGCCGGAGUUCAUCUUCCCCUCGAAGAAACUAAUACCUGUAGACACUCUCCGUAUUCGAUAGAGCUACGAGAGAUUUCAAUCACAGAAGAGUCUCGCGAGUUGUCCAUAAGAGACUUUCCCUCUCUCUUUGAAGUUUGCAGUGAUUUUAACCUUUGAUCAGGUCAUUUGUGGGUUAAGAGGCAUGUUGUGAUUUUUCAACUGUGUCAAUGAAUACAUAAAAGGGUCUCCAAAACAGCAGCUAGCUACUUCAACACACUUUGUAACGAUUAUGUUGUUGGUCUGUGUUUAUGGCACUACUACUGAUGAAACAAAUUCGAGGUCAACUCACUUGGUGUAGCAGUUCAUUGAGAUUUCGUGUGGCUUCAGCUACUUCUUGGAAUGCCUUGGUAUCAACUCAAAUUCGAGAAUUAUAUCUCAGUAGAACUAUCAAACAUUUUUCUACUAGUGUUGAGAGUGAAAAGCUAUGUUGGGAAGGUUCCUCUUAUGGAAUCCUGUUGAAGAAGCUUGAAGCAGCUUUGAAGUGUCACGAUGUGGAUGAAGCUUGGGUAUCAUUUUCGGAUUUCAGGAAAUUACAUGGUUUUCCUGAGGAUUCUUCCCUUGUGCAUAGGUUGAUAACUGAACUUUCAUAUUCAUCAGAAUCAUAUUGGCUGAGAAAAGCAUGUAGUUUAGUCUUGUUAUUAUCGAAAGAGAAGUCGGGUCUGCUAAAAGGCGAUGUCUUGACAAAACUCUCGCUCUCCUUAGCUCGGUCUCAGUUGCCUAAUCCUGCCACAGUGAUUCUUAGAUUGAUGUUAGAGAAAGACAUGUUGCCUUCCAUGAAUAUUUUGUGGUUGGUUUUUCUGCAUUUGGUGAAGACAGAAAUCGGUACACAUCUUGCUUCCAAUUUCUUGGCUCAAUUAUGUGGAGAAUUUGUCAAGUUACAUGCUAAGAAGGGCAAACAUGCAGAACUUAUGAAACCCGAUACGAUGAUGUUUAAUCUGGUGCUUGAUGCAUGUGUGAGGUUUAAACUGGCUUUUAAAGGACAACAAAAUAUGGAAUUGAUGGCUCAAACUGGAGUUAUUGGUGAUGCUCAUUCCAUCAGCAUUAUUGCCCAAAUUCAUGAAAUGAAUGGACAAAGGGAUGAGCUAAAGAAAUACAAAGUCCAUGUUGAUCGAGUUUUGUCUAAGUUCGUUUGCCAUUAUCGACAAUACUAUGAUAGUUUGUUGAGCUUGCAUUUCAAAUUCAACGAUAUCGAUGCUGUAGCUGAGCUUGUGGGGCAUAUUUGCAGGUACAAGGAGUGUGUUCCUAUUCAAAGAGACAAGAUCUUAGAUAAGAUUUUUCUUGUCCCAAUUGGAUCUCACAAUCUAAAAGAUGGGUUGAAGAUGCAGAUACAACCCGAGUUGCUGCAAAAGGAUACUGUCCUGAAAAUGGAGAGUAGACAAGAGCUUAUUCUUUUUAGGAAUAAUGGCAAACUUGUUUUUAGUAACAGGGCUCUUUCAAAACUCAUCAAAGAAUUCAAAACAGCUGGGAGGGUUAGUGAGCUGUCGAAACUCUUACUCGAAAUUCAGAAGGAACAUUGUUCUUUGAGAAGCUCUGAUUUGUGUUCUAAUGUGAUUAAUGCUUGUAUUCGUUUAGGCUGGCUAGAGUUGGCUCAUGACAUUUUGGAUGACAUGGAAAGCUCUAAUGACGCCAUAGGUGUUAGUACUUAUAUCUCACUCUUGACAGCUUACUUUAACCGAAAAAUGCUACGAGAAGCAAAGGCUUUGCUUAAACAAAUGAGAAUAGCUACUGGUACGCCGAUGUCUUUAUCUGAUAAGAUGGUUGUCACCGAGAGUCUAUCGAACAUGUUAGAAAAUGCAUCAUCAAACUCGAUUGGUAAAACAGAUUUAUAUCAUUCUUUGAUUCAAGAAGUGAAAGACGAGAAUGAGAAGCGAAUUCCUUCAAUGGUUUUCGAGUUGAAUUCUUCAAUAUACUACUUUUGCAAGGCGAAAAUGAUUGAAGAUGCUAUGAGAACAUACAGAAGAAUACAAGAGAUGAACAUUCAACCGACAGAGGAAACUUUUGCUAAUCUUGUGUGUGGAUAUUCUUCUAUGGAAAUGUACCGGGAUAUUACAAUCUUGUGGGGUGACAUGAAGAGGAGUAUGGAGUUUGGAAAGCUUUCGAUUAGCAGGGAUUUGUAUGAGUACUUGCUAAUUAACUUCCUUAAAGGUGGUUACUUUGAAAGAGUAAUGGAGAUAAUUGAUUAUAUGAAGAAACAUAAUAUGUUUACAGACAAGGCGAUGUAUAAGACCGAGUUCUUGAAGCUUCACAAGAAUCUUUACAAGAACUUGAAGUCGUCGGAAGCUAGAACGGAUGCUCAAAGAAACCGGCUUCGGUAUGUUUUGGCCUUUAGGAAAUGGGCUGAGAUUGAUUAAAGUUUAACAAGAGAAGUACAUUGUGAAAGUUAGGCUCUUACAAUGUCUUGUUUUAAUAUACAUGUUGUACAUACUACAUGAGAUCAAAUUAUGGAUUGUUCUUUCAA